AUGAGAGCGGCUGGUGUUACAAGAAGUAAAAAGAAGUUGCCAGGAGAGUUUCACUGCCAGCGCCGGCUGGAGCUCGGCGAGCAGAGAGACUCAGCAGAAAAUGGCGUCGCGGGGAAGACGCGCUUUAACGGUGCCGGCUUUGUGCUGGGCAGCGCCCGGUGUUCCCCACCCCACCCUUUGAUUCUUAUUCUUUUAAAGAUUCUUCGUUGUCAAGCCGCCAAAGUGGAGAGUGUGAUUGCAGAAGGGGGUGCUUCUCGUUUCAGUGCUUCUUCGGGCGGAGGAGGAGGUAGGGGUGCACCUCAGCACUUUCCCAAGACUGCCGGCAACAGCGAGUUCCUGGGGAAAACCCCAGGGCCUAGCGUUCAGAGAUGGGUUCCUUCACGAAGCACUAGACGAGAUGUCGACUCCUCCAAUGAAAAAGAACAUCAUGAUGCAAUAUUUAGGAAAGUAAGAGGGAUACUAAAUAAACUGACCCCUGAAAAGUUUGACAAGCUAUGCCUUGAGCUCCUCAACGUGGGUGUAGAUUCUAAGCUUGUCCUCAAGGGAGUCAUCUUGCUGAUCGUAGACAAAGCAUUAGAAGAGCCAAAAUACAGCUCACUCUAUGCCCAGCUAUGUCUGCGUUUGGCAGAGGAUGCACCAAACUUUGACAGCCCACCUGAGAUUCAAUCCAAUCAAAAGCAGAGCACAACUUUCAGAAGACUCCUGAUCACCAAACUCCAAGAUGAAUUUGAGAACCGCACCAAAAAUGUUGAAAUCUACGAAAAAAAGGAAAGCCCUCUUACUUCUGAAGAAGAGGAGCAACGUGCCAUUGCCAAGAUCAAGAUGCUUGGGAACAUUAAAUUCAUUGGGGAACUUGGCAAACUUGACCUCAUCCAUGAAUCUAUCCUUCAUAAGUGCAUCAAAACACUUUUGGAAAAGAAAAAGAGGAUCCAACUCAAGGAUAUGGGGGAGGAUUUGGAGUGCCUCUGUCAGAUAAUGAGAACUGUCGGGCCUAGACUUGAUCAUGAAAAAGCCAAGUCUUUAAUGGAUCAGUACUUUGGCCGUAUGCGAUCCUUAAUGAACAACAAGGACUUGCCAGCCAGGAUUCGUUUCCUGCUGCAAGACACGGUGGAGCUGCGAGAGAACAAUUGGGUUCCUCGUAAGGCCUUUAUUGACAACGGACCAAAGACGAUUAACCAGAUUCGUCAGGAUGCAGUGAAGGAUUUGGGUGUCUUCAUUCCACCCAUGUACCAAGGAAUAAGAAUGGACUUCUUUCUGGAAGGGCCCUUUAUGCCAGCCAGAAUGAAACUGGACAGAGAGACUCUUGGAGGAUUGGCUGACAUGUUUGGACAGAUGCCAGGCAGUGGAAUAGGAACUGGUCCAGGAGUGAUCCAGGACAGAUUCUCCCCCACUUUGGGACGCCAUCGCACCAACCCACUCUUUAACGGACACAUGGCUAACCCACCACAGUCACAGUUCGACUUGGCUAUCAAGCCUUUCAUGAAAUGUAAUCAGGUACAGAAUCAGCAUUUUCACAACCAAAAUCAGAACCAUUCCACCCAGCAGCAAGUUCAGUCCAAGGAUAUGCCACCACGCUUCAAGAAGGGGCAGCUCAAUGCAGAUGAGAUCAGUCUGAGACCGGCUCAGUCUUUCCUGUUGAAUAAGAAUCAAGUGCCAAAGCUGCAGCCUCAGAUCCCCAACAUGAUGCCACCCAGCGCUCAGCCUCCCCGCACUCAGACUCCACCCCUUGGACAGCCUCCACAGCUUGGUCUGAAAACCAAUCCUCCCCUGAUCCAGGAGAAACCUCAGAAGACCAGCAAGAAACCUGCACCUUCCAAGGAGGAAUUGCUCAAAAUGACAGAAACCGUAGUGACUGAGUACCUGAACAGUAAGAACUUGGAGGAUGCGGUCAAUGGGGUGAGAGAGAUGAGGGCUCCAAAACAUUUUCUGUCGGAGAUGUUGAGUAAGAUCAUCCUGUGUUCUCUGGAGAGGUCUGAUGAUGAUAAGGAACAGGCCAGUACCCUUAUUCACGCCCUGCGUACUGAGGGACUUGUAUCUGGAGAGAACUUCAUGCAGGCUCUGCUGAACGUGCUGGACCAGUGUCCCAAGAUUGAGGUGGACAUCCCACUGGUGAAAUCUUACUUGGCCCAGUUUGCUGCGAGGGCUGUCAUCACAGAGUUAGUCAGCAUUGCAGAGUUGGCUCACCCUCUGGAGAACGGCACCCACUUCCCCCUUUUCCUGCUGUGCCUGCAACAAGCAUCCAAGCUGAAGGACCGUGAGUGGCUUGCUGACCUUUUCCAACAGAGCAAGGUCAACAUGCAGAAGAUGCUCCCAGAAAUUGACCAGAAUAAGGAUCGUAUGUUGGAGAUUCUGGAGGGGAAGGGCUUGAGCUUCCUUUUUCCCCUACUGAAACUAGAGAAGGAACUUCUGAAGCAGAUAAAAGCUGACCCUGCCCCACAAAGCAUUUACAAGUGGAUCAAGGAUAACAUCUCUCCCAAACUCCACACUGAUAAGGGUUUCAUCAACAUUCUGAUGACCAGCUUCCUGCAGUUCAUUUCAGCUGAGUUGUGUCUGUCUGAGAGUGAGGAGAAUCUGAGUGCCCCCUCUAAAGAGCAGUUGGAUCAGGAGAAGCAGCUGCUGCUGGCUUUCAAGCCAGUCAUGCAGAAGUUCCUCCAUGACCACACUGACCUGCAAGUCAGUGCCCUGUAUGCGCUGCAGGUGCACUGCAACACAUACGCCUUCCCCAAAGGCAUGUUGCUGCGCUAUUUUGUCAACUUUUAUGACAUGGAGAUCAUUGAAGAAGAGGCCUUCCUUGCAUGGAAAGAAGAUAUUACCCAAGAAUUCCCUGGAAAAGGAAAAGCCUUGUUUCAGGUGAACCAGUGGCUGACCUGGUUGGAGACAGCUGAGGAAGAGGAAUCUGAGGAGGAGGGUGACUGAGAAACCAGCCAAAGCCUAAUAACACAAGUCCCAGAGUAGUCUGCUAGAUAGCAUAGUGCUCCUUCUCUCAUUACCCAACUGCAGUAACACAAACUCAGUCACCUGCAUAUCACACUCUGCUGCUAGACCCACAUACCCACAUCACAUUACUGUAAUCUUUUGUUUUAUGUCUUUGCUAGCAUCUCGAGGCUACUUUAGCUCUAUCAUGUUGCAUUUAUGGUAAUUAGUCCUGAUUAUACUGUAAAUUUCAUCUGCUAAUUUGGAAAAGGUUUCACUCCACCACUAUAAUUCUUGCGUUACUCGUGAUUUUCUUGACUUGGUUGCAGUCAUUUUUUAAGAUCUAGGGUGAUGAAUGUUUGUAAAGCAACACUGAGCUGAGUUUGUGGUUGAGGGGCUGUCUUUCUGACUGUGGGCAGUUCUGCAAGAGUGUUUCAUCAGUUUUUAGUGGGAUGGUUGCAGUGUCUGUUAUUUCAUCAACAUUCAUGAUCUACAAAAUCCACAGAAAUGUACUUGAUGGUUUUUGUUGCUGUAGUGUUUUAACAGCUGUCUGUUUCUACCUCCUGAAUGGGCUUUAUAGUGCAAGGUAACAUAGAGCUACAUUAUUGAAGAGAAUUAAGAUCCAGAGUAUUUGCUAUCUAGAACAUCUCGCUUAACACACUACUUCAUACCAAGAUUAUUAGUUAAGCCUUUAAAAGUGCUUUUGCAGGAAAACUCUUGAUUGUUGGAAAAAUAAAAUAAAUCAACAUGAAGGUGUCUGGUAAAGCCCCCUGCUUUCUAAUCCUUAUUUCCUUAACAUUCUGACAUUUAGUAUGUCUGAUUUGGACUGUACUGAGGCAUUAGUGUAAGACCCUAGAACAAAUCUAAAUACAAGGAGAUUAUUUUAGCCAUUUUGAAACCAGUCAACGAAAUUCAGUUGAAAAGAUAAAUCCCCUUCCUGCUUUUUGAUAUUUGAAGAAAAUUUAAAGGCUUUUGCCCUUGUCAAUAAGCAAUGCACAGACCACCUGUUAUUGGCAAGUGUUUCAAUUUAUUUGCGAGAAUUGAGUUGCAUUGGCUUCGCUUCAGUUUUCUUUACUUUUCGGAGGUGUCUGCAUCCGUCUUCUUGUAAGGUUCUAAAUGGCUCACAAUCAUGUCAUAAGGUUGUUUUAGUGCUCUGUAUCCUACACCACUGUUGCUUCAUUUUAAGUAAAGAAACACCUAAUCACCUAA